CAUGCUAAUUUUGGUUUGGUUAAAAGUCAAGUUGAAACCUUUGAAAUAGUUUUUUAGCAUAAAUUUUUUUAAGGGGGGCCAAAUGCUUUUUACUUCACCCUUGCUUUAUGUUUUCGAUGUUAAUACUACUGUGAAGACAAUGGAAAGUCAGCCCAACUGGAUUGAUUUGUAUGGAAGAGAUCAUCUACUUUUCCAGUAGUCAAUGGUUGGAAAGGAGGGAAGAAAAGAAACAGAAUGAAGGGAAGGGGGAGUAGGAGUGGGAGUGGGGAAAUUAUCCAAUAGUCAAACACUUAAAAGUACUAACGUAAAGGUGUAAAAAAGAGACUAAUAGAUUAUCCCCACCCUCACUUCAUGUUUAUAUUUGUUUAUGAAUUGAUCAUGUGGGGUUUGGGACUUGGGCUAACAUGCUCUAACAUGCUGAUUGCUGUGAGAGACAGCAACAAAAGGAAUAUGAACUAUGAAGCCAGCCAAAUAAAAUUUAGAAACAACGAAGCACUAUCAAUUACGAAAUCAGAAUAUAAAUCUAGGAGUAAAGUAACUGUACUGUACUGAUUUCUCAUCUUAGAAAUAAGUUUGUGUUACAAAAUACUGAGUGGCACUAUACUAAACUGUUGUCCUUCCUCUGUGUGAGCGAUUUGUGAAAUUGUAAAUGGAGAAGGAGAGAAAAUCAUCGUCUGUAAAUGUAGUAGUGUCGGAUGUAGGAGCAUGGGGUAUGAACAUAAUAAGCUCAGUGGGCAUUAUCAUGGCCAACAAGCAGCUUAUGUCCCCAUCCGGUUUUGCUUUUGCCUUUGCAACUACUUUAACUGGUUUCCACUUUUCCGUGACCGCAUUGGUCGGUUUGGUGUCAAAUGCUGCCGGUUACUCUGCAUCAAAGCAUGUCCCUAUGUGGGAGCUUCUUUGGUUCUCAAUUGUUGCAAAUAUGUCAAUCUCAGGAAUGAACUUCAGCCUCAUGCUGAACUCUGUUGGAUUUUACCAGAUUUCAAAGUUGAGCAUGAUUCCUGUGGUUUGUGUGAUGGAAUGGAUUCUUCAUGGAAAACACUAUUCAAAGGAAGUUAAGAUGGCUGUCACAGUGGUUGUUGUCGGUGUGGGCAUCUGUACAGUGACUGACAUGAAUGUCAAUGCAAAAGGCUUUCUCUGUGCCUGUGUGGCAAUAUUGUCUACAUCCUUUCAACAAAUUUCGAUCGGUUCCUUACAGAAGAAGUACUCCGUGAGCUCUUUUGAAUUGCUGAGUAAGACAGCUCCAAUACAAGCUCUCUCCCUUCUCAUUCUUGGUCCAGUCAUUGAUUAUUACCUUACCGGAAAACUUUUAUCAAAUUAUAAGUUGUCAUCAGGCGCAUUUUUUUUCAUACUACUCUCUUGCUCUCUGGCUGUGUUCUGCAAUGUGAGUCAAUAUCUCUGCAUUGGACGCUUCUCUGCCGUCUCUUUCCAGGUUUUGGGCCACAUGAAAACAGUAUGUGUCUUGACAUUGGGAUGGCUACUCUUUGAUUCAGAGUUGACUCUAAAAAACAUACUUGGUGUGGUUCUCGCUGUUGUUGGCAUGGUAGUGUAUAGUUCGGCAGUUGAGGUUGAGAAGAAAGCUAAUUCUAAGAUUAUUCCUGGGAAAGAAAGUCUGUCAGAAGAGGAUUCACAACUGUUGAAGGAGGACAAUGGGGAGAGUGGAGUGAACGAUGUAGAGCUUGGCAAGUCUAUAGGAUAGCUUGGCAUUUUCACAAACCCAAAAGUAUAGCUUCAAUUUUUUUUCUUCGAAUGGUAAAAAGUAUGACUUCACCUUUUUUUAUCUUCUUUGUUGGCCAUAUAUAAUAAAUCACAUGUGAGAGCAUAUAUAAUCUGCAGAUUUGUAUUCAUAGAAAAUGUUAAUAAUCUAUUACUAUUUUUAUCA